AUGUCGGAUAACAAGUCCUCUUUCCACCCGACUUUUACUGUUUCCAACAUUAAGAGUAACAUUCCAAUUUCUCUUGAAUUGGACAAUGUUGCAUACUCUACUUGGGCGGAACUUUUCAAAAUUCACGCUCGAUCUCACAAGGUUCUCAACCAUAUUAUUGCUCCGAAAAAGAAGGUCGAUGCCCCUUCAACCGAUGAGGAAAAGGAGCUAUGGUCGACAUUGGAUAAAUUGGUUCUUGGGUGGAUUUAUUCGACCAUUUCAAAGAACCUUUUGCAAACAAUUAUUGAACCAGAUUCUACGGCAAUGGAGGCUUAG